GGGCAUUUUUCCGGGUCAUCAUGUGGAAUGUGUUUUCCCUGCAAAUGCAAUUGGUUUGAUUUAGCGAUUCGAGCCGAAUGGAUUUGGCCGAUAAAUUGGGAGAUUCUUAAGAGAAGACGAUCGUAUUGCACUUUGUAGUCGAAAACCCUAGUCCUCUGUUUUCACCAUUAUCACCCUUCUUCUUCUUCUUCUUCUUCUCCUUGGUCGAUUCGCCGCUGCCUUGUGCUAUCCGUAUACAUCAUCCUAUAGAGGUUUUUCAUUUAGUUGCAGAUUAGCUUACCAGAGUUCGUCCUGAAUGCGUCGGUGAUCGAUUCUCCGCGUCGGUGAUGAUAGCGAUCGGAUCGGAGAAGAUGGAUAAGGAACGAGUCAGAAAACGGCCUCGUAUGACCUGGGACGAGGCGCCAGCUGAACAAGAUGCUAAAAGGGCUAUGUAUAGAGGAGAUGGAAGCGAUGGGAGGGUUUUGUCACCACCGUUAAGAGAGGAUGAUCGCGACGGCCAUUAUGUUUUCAGCUUGAGGGAGAAUCUCACUCCUAGAUUAAGAACCCUUCCUCAACUCUUGUGUUCUGUGUUGACAGAUAAAAUACUGAGCAAGAUGGGUGAAGGCACAUUUGGUCGGGUUUUGGAAUGUUGGGAUCGUGAAACAAGAGAAUAUGUGGCAGUAAAGAUAAUCCGAAGCAUUAAGAAAUACCGGGAUGCAGCAAUGAUCGAAAUCGAUGUACUUCAAAAACUUGUCAAGAGUGAUAAAGGCCGCAAACGCUGUGUGCAGAUAAAGGACUGGUUUGAUUACCGGAAUCAUAUUUGCAUCGUGUUCGAGAAGCUUGGGCCAAGUUUGUUUGACUUUCUAAAGAGAAAUAAAUACUCCGCGUUUCCCCUGGCCCUUGUUCGGGAUUUUGGAUGCCAGCUUUUGGAAUCUGUAGCAUAUAUGCACGAGUUACAGUUAGUUCACACUGACCUCAAGCCUGAGAACAUUCUUUUGGUGUCUUCUGAAAAUGUAAAGCUUCCUGACAAUAAGAGGAGUGCGUCAAGUGAGACAUAUUUCAGGUGCUUACCGAAGUCAAGCGCCAUUAAACUGAUUGAUUUCGGCAGCACUGUUUGUGAUAACCGGAUUCAUCACUCCAUUGUCCAAACAAGGCAUUACAGGUCCCCUGAGGUUAUUUUAGGUCUAGGAUGGAGUUACCAGUGUGACUUAUGGAGUAUAGGCUGUAUACUAUAUGAACUAUGCACGGGUGAGGCUCUCUUUCAGACGCAUGAUAACCUCGAACAUCUAGCUAUGAUGGAGAGGGCAUUGGGACCUUUGCCUGAACAUAUGACCCGAAAAGCCAGCCGGGGUGCUGAGAAAUAUUUCAGGAGAGGGUGUAGGCUGAAUUGGCCUGAAGGAGCCAACUCUAGAGAGAGCAUCAGGGCUGUAAAAAGACUUGAUCGUCUCAAGGAUAUGGUAUCAAAACAUUUAGACAACACAAGAUCUGGAUUUGCAGAUCUGUUGUAUGGUUUACUGGAAUAUAAUCCGUCGGAGCGUCUCACAGCAGAAGAAGCUCUUCGCCAUCCUUUCUUUAAGAGCUCAAGUUAAGAAGAAGCAAAAACAGACGAGGCAAGUUGUGCCUAAAUAGCAACGAGCACCGCUAAAAUGUAGAAUUUUACUUAGCAUCAAGUUUUUGUUAGAUUUCUCUCAUUAGCACCGAACAAGAGUACUCUUAUUCCAGUUUCGAGUUUGGCGGAGGAUAACCUCUGUUGUAAUUACAUUGUGUUGUCGAGGCUUCAAAAAAUCAAGACCACAUUUUGAUACUAAUCCACAUUAUAAAUUGCAUAUCACAAGCAAUCAUUCAUUAUA